AUGAGCAAGAAGGCCACCAUCCCAGAUGCCUGGGAUGACGAUUGGGAAGCACAGGCAGAUAAGGCAGAUGUGGCAGAGACGUCGAAGGCCGAGGAACAAGCAAAGAUCUCCAAGGCUGAGCGCUUAGCAAGGCACGCCGAAACGAACAAGAAGAUUUGGGAAUCUGCGGAAGCACCAGAGACCUUCCACUUCCUAGCAGCGCGCGACAAUGUGCCUCUUAAGCAAGAAUUCAAGCCAGCGCUCAAAGUCCUGAGUCGCAAGCCCGUAGUCCAGCGCAUUGAUCCUGUUACUGGACUUGCUAAGAUGACCUUAGAUGAUGAUGACGAUGAGGAGGAGCAGAAGAAGGACCAGCCUACGCCCGAAGAGCUGCGAUUGAAGGCGCAACGCGAACGGGAGGAGAAACAGAGAAGGUAUGAUGAAGCUCGCGCAAGAAUCUUGGGCUCUCCGUCAGGUAGUUCAACGCCUCGUACUGCUACACCACCAAUGGAAGAUGGGAGACCAAAUAGGGGCAAGGGUCGAAGCAGAGGUGGCGACAGAGGAGGUGACAGACAAGAGAAUCGGCGGCCAGCGAGUCAAUCAGGUACCAAGGAGCUAUUUGAUCCCAAUUAUACCCCGAAGCCGGUUACACUACAAAGGCGCAAUGGAGAUUCUUCACAUUCGGGACGAUCAACAUCACGGGACGAGGAGCAAGUCAUUCGAGCACCCAGAGGACCCGAUGGAAGCGGCAGGGGAGGGUUUGGAUUCGCAAACAGGGGCGCCAGAAAGAGUUGA